GGGUCCCAUGGUUAAACAUUAAUUUCCAAUCAAUGACUAACAGCCCCAACCCCCGCCAUCAUUUCAGCUCACUCUCACAUUUUCAUAAUGCCGUGGCCGGCAAAGAACGCCGGCCUAGGCGUCGCGGCAAUGUCCUAUAUAGCCGUUGACUACCUCCGUCACCUCUCCCCGAAGUGGCACUCGCGUCUGCAACCGGCGUUAUGGUCUAUCCUCGCCCUCGCCGCCGUCGCUCGAGUCCCUUCUUACCGGCACUGGUCCGUCGAGUUUCGCUCGGCUAUUCCCUUCGUUGCUUCAAUGCUCUUCAUGCUCGCUGCUCUCCUUUACGAAGCCGUCUCCGUUCGAUCUGUCACCGCCGUCCUCGGCCUCGACUGGCACCUGAAUACACCUCCUCUACCAGACACUGGUCAGUGGUUUCUCUUGGCAAUGAAUGAGAAACUUCCUGCUCCAAUUGUUGCGAUAUUAAGAGCUCGUAUUAUUGGAUUGCACCAUUUCUUGAUGUUGUUUAUGAUGCUGGCGUUCUCUGUGCUAUUUGGCUCGGUAAAAGCUCCUGGCCUUGGACUAGGUGCUAGAUACAUGUUUACCAUGGCAAUUGGACGCCUUCUUCGUGCCAUAACUUUUGCAUCUACUAUUCUUCCAUCGGCUCGUCCUUGGUGCGCUAAUUCUAGGUUCAGAGUUCCUGGAUAUCCUCAUCGUUGGGCUCAGAAGUAUUACGUGCCAUAUGCUUCGGACAAUAAUGCUAUCAGCCAGUUGUUAAGGGUUGAUCAAGCCUAUGUUGACAUUGGAAAACCAGUUGGCGACUACCGGCCAGAUUGGGGUUUGAUGAGCUUUCUGAUUGAUUUUCUGCGACCAACUGCCUCAGAAGGACCUUCAUGGUUCAGUCUGUUGAAGAAAGCCGGAGGUGGCUGCAAUGAUCUCCUUUACAGUGGCCACAUGCUUGUUGCUGUACUCACAGCUAUGGCUUGGACAGAAGCGUAUGGAGGAUUCAGUUCAGCUCUUGUAUGGCUUCUUGUAGUGCACAGUGCCCAAAGAGAAGUUCGAGAACGCCAUCACUACUCUGUAGACUGCAUUGUAGCCAUAUAUGUUGGGAUCCUUCUGUGGAAGAUGACAGGUUUUAUCUGGUCACAUGAAGUUAGAUCUGGAAAUAGGAAUCUGGUUAAGUUUGAGAAGAUUAAAAGUAGACUCGUCCAAGCGUCAAAGGACUCAGACAUUGAUAAAGUAAGAGAACUACUCAAAGAGAUUGACUUAAGCACUGAAGAUAACAAGAAGCAGACUACAUUUAAGUAUGCACGGUUAUUUAGUGCUGCCACUAUCGGCUUUGCACUCACCAUUGUUGUUCUGGCUUUCACGCUAACAACUGAUGGAUAAUCAUCUCGCAGACCUGAAAUUUUAAUUGUACCACGCGGUUUUAAAUUUUUAGUGCGUAGUUUUUGUGUAUUCUAGUAUUUCCGGCCGUAGUUUUUGAGUCAUUUAACUACAAGGCUAAACGUAAAUGUCCCUGAGGUGAAGGAUUUCUAGUGUUUAGUUUUAUGACCUGUUGUUUCAUUUGUAUCACAAGACAUGUAAGUUCUGUUGUAUCUAAGGGUUUGUACCCAAAUUUUUUUUUUUGAAAACUUGCCAUUUUGGAGGAAAAUAAAAAUUGCAAUAUUAUGUGUGUUUGCCGA